AUGAUACUCUGGAACCAUUACAUCAACUCUGGAACCAUUACAUCAACUCUGGAACCAUUACAUCAACUCUGGAACCAUUACAUCAACUCUGGAACCAUUACAACAACUCUGGUGCCAUUACAUCAACUCUUGUACCAUUACAUCAACUCUGGUACCAUUACAUCAACUCUUGUACCAUUACAUCAACUCUGGUACCGUUACAUGACAACCAAUACUCUCAAAACAUGGCGCAUCACAAACCAAAUCCUCAACACGUAUCUCGCUACCUUCACCCAGAACACAAGAGGAGACACAGUGUUAGACCAAACACAGCCCAAAGCCUCCAGGACCAUCGCAGCCCAGAGCGUGGAUGAAGAGGAAUCUCUUCCCUGGUGGGAGAGUGGUGAGUGUGACUGUGUCGACGAUGACUGUGUUCCUGGACCUUUUUCCCGUAAAGCAUUUCCUCCCGUCACCUCAAGUAUCUCCGUGGUGGGCGGCACUUGUGGGCGGCGGUCAUGGGCGGCGGGGGAUGGCCAGAGGGUGGUGUCUCUCGCACUCUACGGUCACAACCCCGAGUACUGGAGAGGACUCAACGACAUUAUUUCCCAGGUGGGUCGUGUAUAUCCAGGGUGGAGAGUACGCCUGUAUACUGACCCCCGUGGGCGUGGCCGUGUGCUGUGUCCCCUACUACACGCUCACGCCCACUUCGAUGUGUGUGACGUCACCAGUAUACCCCCGCCUCUAGGCAACCUGUCAAAGGUGUGGCCACCUAUGUGGCGCCUGGCUCCCAUGGGGGACGCCCAGGUGACCGUCCUCCUGCCCAGAGACACUGACUCAAUGAUAAUUCAGCGUGAAGUGGAUGCUGUGAGGGAGUGGCUGUCGUCAGGCAAACAGUUCCACAUCAUGCGAGAUCAUCCCAAACAUGACUCUCUUCUCUUGGCUGGUUUGUGGGGCGUCCGCUGGGGUCCUGAUCUCACCGGACCUGCUGCCCGAAACCAGGACAUGGGCAACACCGGAUUUCCUGCUUAUCACAAGGAUUCGGAUACAGUCGAACUUGCUGUCCAAAGAUUGAAUUCCAAUCCAACCAGACCCGCUGCCCGAAAAGAUAAUCUCAGCACCACUGCAUUCGCCGCCCGAAACCAGGACUCUUGGUCAGCCGGAUUCACUUCAGGAAACCAUGAUUUGGACUAUACACAAUACCACGGCUAUUUCCUGACAGUCCUCAGGGACGACAUGAUGACGCUAGCUAAGAGGAAAAAGGCCCAGAAUUAUGGAGGCGAUCAGCGCAUACUAGACAAGAUCAUGUGGCCAGUCAUAAAAGGUCACGCGUUGACCCAUGACAGCUACAGGUGUGGGCAGUAUGAGAAGGACUCCAUACCCUGGCCUACUCAGAGGGUGGACGGUCUUUUUGUUGGCUGCCGCAGAUUUAAGAAAAAUUUUGAGAACGAGAAUAUUAUGGAGGAAUGUCCAGAGAAGUGUCGACCACCAGAGCAUCCUGACUGGCUGUACUGUUGAGCACCAGAGAUCCCUGAUUGGCUGUACCGUUGAGCACCAGAGAUCCCUGAUUGGCUGUACUGUUGAGCACCAGAGAUCCCUGAUUGGCUGUACCGUUGAGCACCAGAGAUCCCUGAUUGGCUGUACUGUGAGCACCAGAGAUCCCUGAUUGGCUGUACUGUUGAGCACCAGAGAUCCCUGAUUGGCUGUACUGUUGAGCACCAGAGAUCCCUGAUUGGCUGUACUGUUGAGUACCAGAGAUCCCUGAUUGGCUGUACUGUUGAGCACCAGAGCUUCCUGAUUGGCUGUACUGUUGAGCACCAGAGACCCCUGAUUGGCUGUACUGUUGAGCACCAGAGAUCCCUGAUUGGCUGUACUGUUGAGCACCAGAGAUCCCUGAUUGUCUGUACUGUUGAGCACCAGACAUCCCUGAUUGGCUGUACUGUUGAGCACCAGAGAUCCCUGAUUGGCUGUACUGGUGGGCACCAGACAUCCCUGAUUGUCUGUACUGUUGAGCACCAGAGAUCCCUGAUUGUCUGUACUGUUGAGCACCAGACAUCCCUGAUUGGCUGUACUGUUGAGCACCAGAGAUCCCUGAUUGGCUGUACUGGUGGGCACCAGACAUCCCUGAUUGUCUGUACUGUUGAGCACCAGACAUCCCUGAUUGGCUGUACUGUUGAGCACCAGAGAUCCCUGAUUGGCUGUACUGUUGGGCACCAGACAUCCCUGAUUGGCUGUACUGUUGAGCACCAGAGAUCCCUGAUUGACUGUACUGUUGAGCACCAGAGAUCCCUGAUUGGCUGUACUGUUGGGCACCAGACAUCCCUGAUUGGCUGUACUGUUGAGCACCAGAGAUCCUUGAUUGGCUGUACUGUUGAGCACCAGAGAUCCCUGAUUGGCUGUACUGUUGAGCACUAGAGCUCCCUGAUUGGCAGUACUGUUGAGCACCAGAGCUCCCUCAUUGGCAGUACUGUUGAGCACCAGAGCCCCCUCAUUGGCAGUACUGUUGAGUACCAGAGAUCCCUGAUUGCUUGAGGUACUGAGUCCCGGACAUCCUUAUUGGUAAUAUUAACUACAUUCAUGGAAGCUGCAACAGUGACAUAUUACACCAGUUACAAAUUAUGUUAUCGUUGUAAAUUCUGCGUUUUAUCGUAAUA